AUGGGUGUCUUUGGAGGUGCAAUAUUCGUGGUCAUUUUUCUACUUGUGAGUGACCAAGUGGUUACAGCGCUAGGACGUACUAAGGGAAAGAGAGAAGAUACUGUCAAGACCGGUUCCGCCUUCGCGGGAAAGUGGGUCUAUGACAGUUCAUACCCUCUCUAUAACUCAUCGCAGUGUCCUUUCCUAGAGAAGCAGUUCAACUGCCUCGAGAAUGACAGGCUCGACAAAGGUUACCUCAAGUACCGAUGGAAGCCCGUCGGUGACUGCGACUUGCCAAGGUUCGACGGCCGGCACUUCUUGUCGAGAUUGAGAGGGAAGAGGCUGAUGUUUGUGGGGGACUCGCUGAGCUUGAAUCAAUGGCAAUCCCUCACUUGCAUGGUGCACGCCGCAGUGCCUGAGGCCAUAUACACUUUGACAAAAAUUGCUGGGCUUUCCAACAUCUCAUUCCCAGGAUACGGAGUGGAGCUGAUGUUCUUCCGAGACGCGUUCCUGGUGGACAUUGUGAGCACCAGCACCGGGCGAGCUCUCAGGCUCGACUCUCUCAAGAGCGCCAAGAUUUGGGAGGGCGUCGAUGUGUUGGUAUUCAACUCGUGGCACUGGUGGCUUCAUGUCGGGUGGAAACAACCAUGGGAUUAUAUGCAAGUAGGGAAUAAGACAUAUGAAGACAUGGAUCGUUUGGUGGCCUACAAUAUGGCGUUGAACACUUGGGCCAAAUGGGUGGACUCCAGUGUCGACCCAUCAAAAACUACAAUCUUCUAUCAAGGAGUUUCCCCGGACCAUGCAAAUGCAAGCGACUGGGGUCAACCGAAGGCCAAUGCCUGUCUCAACCAGACGCGUCCGCUUGCCGUGUCAAGAUACCCAGCCGGCCCGGACCUGGCGGAGUUGGUGGCGGAGGAAGUGAUAAGGUCGAUGACGUACCCGAUCCGUCUACUCAACAUCUCGUAUCUCUCGCAGCUCCGAGUAGAUGGACAUCCAUCGGUGUAUGGCUUGGGAGGACACAUGAACAUGGAUUGCAGCCACUGGUGCCUUCCUGGAGUUCCUGAUACUUGGAAUUUGUUCCUUUACCAGUCCCUAGUAGCUCACAACUUUUGAAUCUGGACAUUGCUAGAAUAAGUGAAUAUUUCAAAUUCAGCUUUUUAUUCCAUCAUAGAAAAUUGGGCUAUUAGGGAAAGAAAAAUCCCUUUUUGUGGGCGGUUUAUAUUUUUU